CAGCCAUUCCGCAAAACCCUCAUUUCACUCCAACCAUCUAAAUUUGGCACUCUCGCAGGAGUACGCCUUACAUACCUAUCACUUAUAGUAUUCCGCAACAUGGGCACUAGGGCGAUUUUUGCUUUCGUGGUGAUGGCUGCCAUUCUCCAAGGCAGUGCGUUUGCUGCCAGUGGAAAGCCCAGGCGUGAGCUUCUCACGCAUCGUGUGCAAGCUGUGAAGCCAACUAUUGGCAGCGGUUGGAGAGCACGGGUGAACAGCAGGAUUGCUAGCGCCUCCAUUUCCACUGCUUCUAGCAGCACUACUGCUACUACUGGUGCCAGUGGUAGCAGCAUCAGCACUGGAAGCGAUGCAGCUACUGUAACCGAAGCGGCAGCAACGUCGUCCAACACUGCAACUGCAAGGGUUGCCGCAGCAGGUGUAGGGAAUUCAUCGCUGGGAGCGCAUCCCGCAGCAGUCAGUGCAACGCUGGGGACGACCACAGUGGGCACUAGUGCCACUUGUGACGCGUCAUCGCUCGCUGACUAUGCCUCUUCAACGCAGCUGUCCUCCGAUCUCACUCUCCACUGGAAGGCAGCCAGUGCGACCAAGGUCAACCUUGCCCUUGAAGCAGCAGCGGGGAGCUCGGCAGCAGCGGGGUGGUUCUCUGUGGCGUUCUCCCGCGUUUCCAGCGAUGGUUCCAUCCCAGUGAACGUUGGCGGCAGCAACACUCUCAUCUGGGCCUACUCUGAAAGCGGCUCCAAGUCACUUGACUUCCACGGCGAGAAUGAUGGAGUGGCCACAGUAGAUUUCUCCUGCGAUGGCUCCUCCUCCUCCGCUCCUCCCUCAACCUCCCCACCUUCCUCCCCUGCACCCCCCUCCACCUCCCCUCCCUCCUCCUCCCCUCCCUCCACCUCCCCUCCCUCCACCUCCCCUCCAUCUUCCUCCUCCUCCUGUGCCACAUCCACCCUCCCCAGCUACACCUACUCUGCCCCCCUUGACUCCUCUCUCACGCUACACUGGAAGACCGUUAGUGCUACUCAGGUCAACCUCGCCCUGGAGGCAGCAGCGGGCAGCACGGCAGCAGCGGGGUGGUUCUCCCUGGCGUGGACUGCGGACGGCCGCAUGGCCCCGGCUGACACUAUCAUUGGCAACCUGCCGGGCGGGGCUGUGGCGGCUUACUACAUGAGCGGCUAUGGGAUGAGCGACGUUCAGCCUACAAGCAGCUUCAGUAUUGGGAGUGGUGCGGCGCUGACUACCACUUCCAGUGGCUCCAAGGUUAUGAAGUUCUCUCGGGCCCAGGGCGAUGGCUCCAUCCCAGUGAGUGUGAACGGGUCCAACACCCUCAUCUGGGGAUACUCCCAAGGCGGCUCUCAGACCCUUGGUUUCCACGGAGAGAAUGAUGGUGCGCUCACCCUCGACUUCUCAUGCGCCACUUCAUCCACCGGAGGUGGCAUCGGCGGUGGCGUUGGUGGCGGCAUUGGCGGCGGUGACAACAACGGAGGUGGCUUUGGAGAUGGAGGCCAUGGGCAUGGGCAAGGCGGUCACGGGCAUGGCCAUGGGGGAGCGGAUGGUCAUGGAGGUGAUAUGGGUAAAACCCAAAAUCACCAUGAUUGUGGGUGUGGAGGAGCCGGCAUAUGGGAUGAAGGAGGGAUGGGUGACUUGGGGGGUCGCAGCUGGAGUGAGAGUGGCUUAUGAGAUGGCGGGUGGGAUUGCUGGGGCCGUGGCGAAUAGUGUU